AGAUAAAUACGCUUAAAGAAUUAUUGAUUUUAUUUUUUAAAAAAUUGCGAGAAAAUGUCCCUUCGUGAACUUGGUAAAACUGGUGUAAAAAUCUCUGCAAUCGGCUUAGGAUGCAUGGGCAUGAGUGAUUUUUACGGUUCAGCUGAUGAGCAGGGGAAUAUUAAUGUGUUGAACCGAGCAAUUGAUUUAGGAUCUACCUUUUGGGAUACUUCCGAUAUUUAUGGAAAUGGAGCAAAUGAGAUUCUCCUUUCAAAAGUCCUUAAAGACAAACGUGAUAAAGUAUUUCUUUGUACAAAGUUCGGUGGACUUCGAGAUUCAAAUGGCGCAUUUUUAGGUGUAUCGGGUAAACCUGAAUAUGUUCGCCAAGCUUGUGAAAGAUCUUUAAAAAGAUUGGGGGUAGAUUAUAUUGAUCUUUAUUAUCAACAUCGUAUGGAUCCCAAUACACCCAUUGAAGAUACUGUUGGCGCUUUAGCAGAACUUGUUAAGGAAGGAAAAGUAAAAUAUAUCGGUCUUUCUGAAUGUUCUGCAGAAACUCUUCGACGUGCUCAUAAAGUUCAUCUUAUUGCCGCAAUUCAAAUGGAAUAUAGUCCUUGGACUAUUGAUAUUGAAACAAAUGGAAUUGUGGAAGCCUGUCGCGAAUUAGGAGUCACUAUAGUGGCAUAUAGUCCACUUGGACGCGGGUUUUUAACUGGAAAAUAUAAAUCUAUUGAUGAUUUUGAACCGGACGAUUUUAGAAGAACGUUUCCACGUUUUCAAGGUGAAAAUUUCGAUAAAAACUUAGAAAUUGUACGUAAAUUUGAAGAAUUUGCGAAUAAGAAAGGCGUAACUCCAAGUCAACUUUGCUUAGCUUGGGUUUUAGCUCAGGGAGAUAAUAUUGUUGCUAUUCCCGGUACAAAAAAAAUUAAAUAUUUAGAAGAAAAUCUUGAAGGAACAAGAAUUCAUCUUACUCCUGAAGAAUUAUCUGAAAUUAGGCAAAUUAUUAAUUCUAUUGAAAUUAUCGGUACUAGAUAUCAAGAAGAACAUAUGAAGACGGUGAAUAUUUAAAAAAAAAAGUUGUUAAAUUAAGUAAAUUAUAAAUUCAAUGAAUUUGUCAA